AUGUUGGAAAAAACUAAUCACCGGAUGCGAGAUGUUGAAGAUCUGCCGCCAACAUUCAUAGAAGCAAAAAUCGUUUCUUUCGGAUCCGUUUCAGUGAGAAAUCACAAUGGGCAAGAUCUGGUCGGAAUGAAGAACAAGAUGGGUUCCUGGCGAAAGCAUGGAUACAGAGGCGGAGGAGGUAGAAUGUCCAGGAAAACGGAGUAGAUGGUUGUUUAAGUUGCAGGGAGGGAGGAGGUAGUUGCAACGGUGAUAAAAGUAUAGUUGAUGGUGUCGGCAAUGGAGCCAGAUAUAGAGGCUGAUGAGGUGGUGGACUGGUGGCGUUGGUUAUUGAGGUAAUGAGGUGGCAAUUACAGUAAUGGAGUCGGUGGUGAUGGAGGCGGCUCCUUUUAAGGGUGGGUGAAAGGAUAUUAGGUUUAGGGUUACCGUGUUUAAAAGACGAAUAUUGAUUAAUAUAUGUAUAAAUUGGAUUUUAAUCUCCCGUAG